UUCUUCUCCCCUUCAGCUUCCCCCCAAUCCUUCAAUUCUGCGAUAAAUACACCUCAGACGUCCUCCGACUAUAUUGCAUUGUUACCUACUCUCCUCCUCCCGAUAGCUUGAAGUCACACUUUCCCUAUCCCUUUCCCCGCACUGUCACUAUGCCCGUCUCCUCACUGUACCCGUCGGUAGAAAUCCCGAACGUCGAUAUCUGGACGUUUCUCUUUGAGCGCAAAGACCGAGAGUACCCGGCAGAUAAAGUAAUCUACGAAGAUGCGGAGACAAAACGAACUUACACCUACCAAGGCGUCCGCGAUGCCGCACUUGCUUUCGGACAGGGUCUGAAGGCCAUGCUCAACUGGCAAAAAGGAGAAGUCCUCGCUAUGUUCACGCCUAACAGCAUCGACACCCCUGCAGUAACGUGGGGGACGCACUGGGCGGGAGGUGUUGUAUCUCCGUCCAACCCAGCCUACACAGCAGAGGAAUUGGCCUUUCAGCUAAAGAACUCGGGUGCAAAAGGGCUGAUCACACAAUAUCACCUGCUUCCAGUCGCAACGACUGCGGCAAAAGAAGCCGGUAUUCCCCAUGAACGGAUCAUUUUGAUUGGCGACGAGCGCGAUCCGCAGGCUAGGUUCAAACACUUCACCUCUAUUCGCAACCUUUCCGGCACAGCCAGAUACCGCAAGACAAAGAUCGAUCCCUCCAAGGAUCUCGCGUUCCUGGUCUACUCCUCCGGCACCACGGGGGUUCCCAAAGGCGUGAUGCUCUCGCAUCGCAACAUCAUUGCGAACAACCUCCAACUUGCAGCCGGCGAGGGUGGCAAUUUGAGUUGGAACGGUGUGGAUGGGCGGGGCGACCGCGUCCUUGCCUUCUUACCCUUCUUCCACAUAUACGGCCUCACUUGUCUCGUCCAUCAGACUCUUUUCAAAGGCCUCCACCUAGUCGUCAUGCAGAAGUUCGACCUCGAGAAAUGGUGCGCCCAUGUACAAAACUACCGCAUCACCUUCAGCUACGUGGUGCCCCCGGUGGUUCUCCUACUGGGAAAACACCCCAUCGUGGACAAAUACGACCUCUCCAGCCUCCGGAUGAUGAACUCCGGCGCGGCGCCCCUAACCCACGAACUGGUAGAAGCCGUCUACGCGCGCAUCAAGUGCGGGAUCAAGCAAGGUUACGGCCUCAGCGAGACCAGCCCCACGACGCACACGCAGCCGUGGGAAGAAUGGCGCACCAGCAUCGGCGCGGUGGGUAAGCUCCUCCCGAACCUCGAAGCCAAGUAUAUGACGAUGCCAGAAGACGGCUCGGAGCCGCAGGAAGUCCCCGCCGGCGAGGUGGGCGAGCUGUACAUGCGCGGGCCGAACGUCUUCCUGGGCUACCACAACAAUCCCGCCGCGACAGCGGACUGUCUCUCUCCCGACGGAUGGUUCCGCACGGGUGACGUCGGUUACCAGGACGAGAAGGGGAGCUUUUACAUCACCGAUCGCGUCAAGGAGUUGAUCAAGUACAAGGGCUUCCAGGUGGCGCCUGCAGAGCUCGAGGGGAUCCUCGUGGACAACGAGGCGGUCGACGAUGUGGCGGUGAUUGGAGUGGAGAGUGAGGCGCAUGGGAGCGAGGUGCCUCUUGCGUAUGUGGUCAGGAGCGCGAAGAGUCUUGCUUCGCGGAUUCCCGUGGAAGAGGAAGCUACAAACAUCAUCAAGUGGUUGGACGGCAAGGUUGCGUAUCACAAGCGCUUGCGUGGUGGCGUGCGCUUUGUGGAGGAGAUUCCGAAGAGUGCAAGUGGAAAGAUCCUGCGGCGCUUGCUGAAGAAGCAGGCGAGGGAAGAGGGCAUUGGUGCAGGCGCUCCAGCACCCAAAGCGAAGUUGUGAAGUGACGGGUUCCGAUGAUCUGUUGCAGUGUUCCAUUUAUAAGCUUGGCGUGACGGGCUGAAAUCGUGUAGAUAAGACUCGGCGUUGAUAUUUACACAUUUCUUAGAUAAUUC